AUGGCUGAACCAUCUGUUUCACAACCACAUGACCCGCAGCCAGUACAACCGCCUAGCCGUGGCACAAACCAUCCGGUCAACAACACCCUAGCCAGUGUGGCCAAUCUUGCUAACCUUUUACCCACUGGCACUGUCCUUACGUUUCAAGUACUCACACCUACAUUCUCCAACAAUGGCUCCUGCAAUCUUUUCAACAAGUGCCUCACCGCAAGCAUCAUCGUAUUCUGCGCCAUCUGUUGCUUGUUAUCGUCGUUUACCGAUAGCUUUGCAGACAAGGAUGGAAAGGUUUACCAUGGGAUCGCCACGACCAAAGGCCUGUACAUAUUUAACGCAGACAACUACUCAAGCUGCGAGGACACGAAAAAUCUGGACAAGUUUAAACUCAGUUUUAUAGAUUUUGUUCACGCAUUUGUCUCAUUGUUCGUGUUCAUGAUCUUCGCUGUUAGCGACUCAAGUGUGCAAAGUUGUUUCUUUCCUGGAGCAGGAGCUAAUGAGAAAGUACUGAUAAUGAAUCUGCCAUUAAUAGCCGGGGUAUUGUCGAGCUUUGUGUUCACUAUUUUUCCAACUAGACGUAAAGGCAUAGGAUUUUCGCACUAA